CCUUUGGGGAAAGACAAACGGCUGUGGGGAGCACUUGGGGCCUGACUUCAGUGAACCAUGGGGCUCAGUGAUCAGGAAUGGCAGCGGGUCCUGACUGUCUGGGGGAAGGGGGAGUCCGACCUCGCCGGCCAUGGGCACGCAGUUUUAAUGAGACUCUUUCAGGACCACCCUGAGACCUUGGAUCGCUUUGAAAAGUUCAAAAACCUGAAGACCCCUGAUCAGAUGAAGGGCUCUGAAGAUCUAAAGAAACAUGGAGUUACCGUCCUUACCCAACUGGGCAAAAUCCUGAAGCAGAAGGGUAACCAUGAGGCAGAGCUGAAGCCCCUGGCUCAAACCCAUGCAACCAAGCACAAAAUCCCUGUCAAAUAUCUGGAGUUCAUUUCUGAAGUCAUUAUCAAGGUCAUUGCUGAAAAACACGCUGCAGACUUUGGGGCUGAUGCCCAGGCUGCGAUGAAGAAGGCCCUGGAGCUGUUCCGAAAUGAUAUGGCCAGCAAGUACAAGGAGUUCGGUUUCCAGGGUUAGCCAUAAGCACAGAGGAACACCACGAUGGAGGCCUGGCCGUGCAACUUAGAGUAGCUUCCCCAGCACUGUUUUGGACAUCUCACAACUGGCCAUCCAAGAUGUGUGGGAAAGCUUUGAUGAGAGGCCAAGAGUCACUCCAGGCAGCAUAUAGGCACUCAGAAUGAUAUCCAUGAUAAAACAUUGUUUCCUGGCUUCAUAUAUACAAGAGAAAUAAUCUGCUUUUUUAGGAAAAA